GUUUAUGCGAGGAGGUUCAUCAGGUGAGUUACCGAGAAAACGAAACUGAAAUCACGAGCAUGUCGCUCAAGAUCCUGCGUUUUGUUUGUUUUAGAACGAGGCUCCGACCGAGGCAGACAUAAUGACUAUCACAGCGGAGCUCGUGUUCAAUGAGAUGCCGAGUCAUCUUAUAUACAUCUCUGACGACUAUGAGACAACGACCGUUAUCGAUCGUGAGACUCUGGUGGAACUGUUCCGUCAAGAAUUGAUCAAUGUCUGCAAGGACCUUGUUUCCAAAGACAGAGUUCCUGACAUGAUCAGGCAGAAGUUGAGAUAUGCAGCCCUUUCUCACAGGUGGCUCGGCGUCGGGGAGCCAACGUUUCAGGCGAUGUCCGUGGAAAGGAACCAUCAGUCUACCAUGACAAGGCCUGGGUUUAUCAAACUCCAUAACUUUUGCCGGAAAGCAAGGGAAUACGGCUGUCGUCUCGCUUGGUCAGAUACCUGCUGCAUCGAUAAAAGAAGUAGUGCGGAGCUCGAUGAGGCCAUCAGAGCCAUGUUCAAGUGGUACCGCAACGCGGAGAUAUGUAUAGUUUUUCUUGCAGACUCUUUGUCCAUCUCGGACUUUCCGGAGGAAGUAUGGUUCAAACGCGGUUGGACACUCCAGGAGCUUCUUGCCCCUCCCCGAAUCAAGUUCUACGGCAUGCAUUGGGAAGAGCUCAGCAGUUCGCGCAACGACAAGGAAGACCAUUCUAUGUUAGACGCUCUUUCACAGGUGACAGGAAUAUCUCGCCAAAAUCUGCUAUAUUUCAGUCCAGGGUUAGUCGAUGUUCGUGAGAAAAUGAUAUGGGCGUCCAAGCGGAGGACAACAAGAAUGGAAGAUAUCGCUUAUUCCUUGAUCGGAAUUCUUGAUAUCAGCCUUAGUGUGGCCUAUGGAGAAGGAGAGCGAGCAUUCCGCCGCCUGAUGGAGGUGAUCAUCCAGGCCUGUCGUGAAUGGAAGAUCCUGGCGUGGGCCGGUCCCCAUUCACCAUUUCAAGCCAGCAUUCCCCGUUCUCCUCUGGCGUACUGUGCUUUUGACGAAGCAUCCGCCGGUAUCCUCUUACCAAAUCGCUAUAUGAUGGAUCGUCCCAGAAAACUUGGCGACCCUUUUUUUAUGAUGACGAAGAGAGGUUUGGAGCUUGAAGUCAUCCUGGUAGAAAUGAUGCUACAGCAACCCGCACCACGACGGUCAGGAGGAACACAGAAAAAAACCCAAACUAUCCGCCUUAUCUCCGACUCUGCGAACUUUUUUGACGUCAUAGCCCAGUGCGAUAUCACCUUCCUACCAUUUUCGCAGUGGGCGGUCGCUAUCGUGAACUAUCAAGCUGAUGAAUCUGGAAAGCGUGGUGGUAUCGGACAACUCAAACCCGCAAAUGACUACCUGUGCUUCAUACUCGGAUCUAGUAUCCAUAGUUCGUAUGGGGGAUGGCAAAAGGUUGAGACGCAAAAGAUAGUGACAAUUCGCAUCAAGAGGGAGGUGUACCAACAAGUCACGACAGUGUGGCUUUAGCUUCUGCCUGCUCGCUCACAUUGUAACAUAUCUCUAUCUUGUACAGGACCCUGGUGACAUGAGUCGUUCUUAAAUAGGCUUUUACUGCGGAUGGCGGCUGAUGGGCCUCUUUUCAUACAUAUCUUUACACUGGACUUUUUUUUUUUUACAAUCUUCAGAAUUCACGCAUGAACGAAGAGGUGAGCCCAACGGUUUGAGUAUACCUAUAUCUGAUCCUUCCUUCUGAUGUAUUCCACUGGCACACAUUCGUUCGAU